GGGUCGUGCAGUCGGGUUCGUUCACACGAUUUAUAAACAUCGCUCUGCCCGAGGAAAAUACAAGAGGGACUCAACCUUUGUGCAUUUAGAGAUUUAUCAAAGCACGUAUAAGGCAUGUACGGAGCGGUAUAGUUACCCAUCGUGCUCGGUACUACGAACGCGUUAGUCGAUGUCCAGCGACUGACAUCUAUUCGGUAUUUGGGGAAACUAAAAUAGCUUUACAUGGGCAACGGGUCGGAAAAUUUGUAUCUGGGUACGUGCAGGGCGUAUUUUGAUUACCGCGGGUCUCGAGGAAAAGUUAAAGACAAUCACGUGGGAAGUCGAUAGUCAACUGCGAGGACGAAAGUAUUGGCGCCAUUGAAGACGAGGACAGCCGAAAUGGAGGAGAAUCAAACAUCGGAAAGUGUCGCUGUGUUACCGGACAUGUCCGAACCGUUGACGAGCGAAACCGAGGAGUCGGCUGCCCUAACGGGCGAACACGAAGCCCAUCCUGUUGCUGUCACGGCCAACGUUUCCUCCGUUCCAGGGGUCGGCGUUCCCGUUUCGCUACCCGUUGGCUCGAUCAUCGGGGUAGCUAAUUCCAGCAAUGGCACCACCUUCAACGUCAUUACCUCCGACCAGCUGCAGCUACCGGGCUCUGGUCAAUUUAAGCAAAUGUUAUGCGUGGAUAAUGGAUUUAUCUGUGAGCCUCGUCAUGACAAGGAUAGCGAUCCUUUACGCUGGAACGGGGAGUUGAAAGCGACGCAUAUCGUAAUCCAGAACAGUACAGAUGAAAAUGAUAGUGAUCAAAUCCAUGUCACAACAGCCAACUCGCAGCCAAUAUGCAGUUGGUCAGAGUCUGCGAACAUGGCUGUACUGCCAGUUAGGUGUAAAAACACUAAUGCAGAACUGCACAAAAGUAGAUUUGGGUCAGGAGGAAGAGGACGUUGCAUAAAACUUGGAGAUACUUGGUACACACCUAGUGAGUUUGAAGCUCUUUGUGGAAGAGCAUCAAGUAAAGACUGGAAACGUAGCAUAAGGUUUGGGGGCAGGAGUUUACAGACCUUGAUAGAUGAACAGAUAUUGAAACCACAUGCCACAUCCUGUACUUGUGCAGCCUGCUGUGACGACGAUAGCGCUACUGGCCCAGUGCGAUUGUUCACUCCUUACAAGCGUAGGAGAAGAGCGCGAGAAACCUCUGAUGGUGAGACUCCAAAUCGCAAACACAAAAGUGACAAUUCUCGAGACGGAAGUAACAAUGACGACAGUGACACUGAAGUUGUUGUACCCGAUAAGGAAAGCUGGUCUCAAUUUGUAUCAGCAGAUGGGUUGGUGGUACAACAAUCACAAGAACAGGAAACAGUUGUGCAGAGUGUGCAUCAAAUUGAAAAUGGACAAAACGAAGAUAUUUUUAAGAAGCUCGACGAAAUGUCAAAUAAGAUGUUGAAACUAGCCUAUGAAUUUAGGCAAACUCUUGCCGAAGCCAAAGAAUUGAAUAGGCAACAGAAGCGAGAGCAAGCUCUUGCUGCGCAACUCAAUGUCCGAGGUGAAGUAAUUGAAACAGUUGGUCUGCAGCCAACUUCGGAUACACACAACAAAAAAUGUGCCAACUGCAAUCGCGAAGCUUUCGCUGAGUGUUCGCUGUGUAGGCGUACGCCUUAUUGUUCUACGUUCUGCCAACGAAAGGAUUGGGCUGGUCAUCAGGUAGAAUGUGUAAGAGGCGCUGCAGAGACAGUUAUGCUGAUAGUUGAGAGUAGUAGCGGGGAUGCGAAUGCACUUUCAACAUCAGCCGGGGACCAAUAGCUAGUGUUCCUCACUCCGAUUCAUCAAAAGAAUCCUGGGAGUGAAGAAUUGGAUAUGGAAAAUUCGCCAACAGAAGAACUAGAAACAGAUAUUAAAGUUGCCAAGUCCGAGAUGGACAAAAAAGAUAGAGAAUAGAAUAAUUAUGUUUUCGAAGGAAAAUAAUAACAAUAAUGAGCAAAGUAAUGAAAUGAUCCAGGUAUUAGCGUGUUACGUUGGUGUUAUAAAUAGAAUAGCAUAGAAUACUGAUGUCAACAUUCUUGAAUACUUGGAAUUUUGAAAAUUGAGAUCGAGAAUAUUUUGCCAAUCAAAGACAACUUGGAGUGCAACUUGUUUUUCUGCGAACGAAUUCAUACCAAAUGUUAGCUUUUAGAUAUUUUCUACACACCCAAUCUAAUAAUGAUGUGGUAGGAAUAAAGAUUGUGAAAUAGUGUAAAGAAAUGAAGCAGUGAAUUUUGGUCGGACGCAAAAUGUUGUAAGAUAUAGAUACUAAUUUUUAUUCUCUUGUAUAAACAUAUUUACUGUUAGCAUCAUAUUGUACGAAUUUUUUUUAGUGAAACACGAAGCAUCAAAAAAAUUGAGGGGCUUCACCAACUUAGGGUUGUACACCUAAUUUCACAUACUUGUGAUAUAAAUGUUCAAAGAAACGUGUGAAGGUGUGAGUUCCAUGCAAUAUUUCUCUGCCGAACCAUUCAGGUAAAUCUAUAUUAUUACAAUAUUCUAAUAAGCCAAUACAUACCUGAAAUUUAAAGUCCUGAUUAUUUGUAAUCAUUGAGAUAAUUAUAAUAUAUGAGCUCAUCUCUAUGAACUUUAAUUUAUUUUCAAUUUCAAGAAUGCAUUAAAUUAUUCUGCAACCACGAAUUGCAUGCAUGGUCUACCAUUUUUCAUAAAAUGUCAUUUAAUCACCAUCGUUGAUGUUUCUUAUAGAAAUGAGUGAGUAGCAAUCAUCUAUCUAAUAUAAUAAUCAUCUCACAAAAAUACCAGAUACAGUGCUAUUAAUACAUUUCAUUAUUAUAACCAUAUAUGAAAAUCAUGAAAAGUUGGUAAUAUUGAUCAUCAAAAAAAGUAAUUAUCUAUACGUAAAACCAAGUGAUUACAGCGUUUAUAUAAAAUAACUUAUAACUUAUAUUUGAUGUGAUCGGGCUUCGAAUCCUGAGAUGAGCAUUUUUUCGUUUGAUAGUUUUAAUCGGUAUAAGGAUUAUAAUAUACGUUGAAAUUUUUCACCACUUUCUAACUUUAUUCGCAAGUUGUAGGUAUUGUUAUUUAUGGAGAAUUAUGGAGAAUACUGCCCUCCUGGAAUACGCUAGUUGGUUCUAAUAGUUGUAUACUCGCAGAGGUUGAUUAUGGAAACGAAUCAUCAUAGUUGAUUAAAUGUGCAGUGUUACCAUCGACAUAUAGUAAUGUCGAUGAAUGUUACUAUCGGUACAUAGUAACUAAUAGUUACCAUAGUGUUUCAACCACGGUCUUACACGUUUCAACCGGUGAAUCAAGCGCUGCUUUUGUUAUUUAAAAUUUCCUAGUACCUGCUGCUGGCAGAAAUCUAGAGCUAUAGGCAUGAAAAAUUUUGUUCGAAAUGUUGGAAAAUUUGAAUAUAUCAUAGCCCAUGGGUUUUAAUGCAUUUUCCGUCUAAUGUACUUUGCUAGUUAAGGGGUAUCGAACGCAAGUUCUGUAAGUAUUAGGUCGAAUAUUUUGCACUAUUGGAGCCCCACAUUCAUUUUCCAUGGAAAGGUCAAACCAUUUAUGUAACUGGAUAUAAAACAAAGAGUGAUAAAACUUUAAUAUCGGUACGUCUACAUCAAAGGUGUCAUCAAAGAGUUUACGCAGCUUUUUAUGGCUACAUAUUAUACUCAUAAAUCAUCGUGAAAUUAUAUGCAUAACUCGGAUUACGUCGUUUAGUCAUCAUAUGAUGCUUUAUUUUGUACAAUAAUUAUGAAUAACUAAUAAACAAUAUCAACUCGUAAUUUUAGUAACUAAUAGUUUCCAUAGUGUUUCAACCGAUACAAAUAAGCAUUGCCUUUAUUAUUUGAAAUUCCCAAAUACCCG